AUAAUCGAUCUUCUGUUUUUCAGGCUGAGCACCGGAGAAGGGGAUGGAGCGUGGUGUCCAGCAGCACCAGUCUUCCCCAAUGAGUCAGAGUACCUUCAGAUCGACCUCCACAAACUCCACUUCGUGGCUCUGGUUGGUACCCAAGGUCGGCACGCUGAUGGUCACGGCCAAGAGUUUGUCCGCAGUUAUCGGCUCCGUUACUCCAGAGACGGAAAGAAAUGGAUCACUUGGCAGGACCGCUGGGGACAAGAGGUGGUGUCAGGUAAUGAGAACACCUAUGAAAUUGUGCUGAAGGACCUCGGCCCCCCGAUUGUUGCCCGUAUGGUCCGCUUUUACCCCCUGGCAGACCGAGUGAUGAGUGUCUGCCUUCGGGUGGAGCUGUACGGUUGUGUGUGGAAUGAUGGGUUGUACGCUUACACGGCUCCAGUGGGACACGUCAUGAACUUGCCCGGCAUACCGGUCUAUCUAAACGACUCCACCUAUGACGGCAGCACAGAACAAGGGAUGCAGUUCGGAGGCCUUGGCCAGCUUUGUGACGGCGUCCUGGGAGGAGAUGACUUCAUAGAAACAAAGGAGCUGCGGGUGUGGCCGGGGUACGAUUACCUUGGAUGGAGCAGAGAAGCCCUCGGGCAAGGCAGCGUGGACAUCGAGUUUCAUUUUGAGAAACCCAGACUCUUCAACAACAUGCAGGUUCACAGUAACAACCGGCACACGCAGGGCGUGCGAGUCUUCAGCAAAGUAGAGUGUCUUUUCAAGCCUGGCCUCCUCCAGCCCUGGUCGUCUCCGGCGCUCACCCUGCCGGUUCCCCUCGAAGAUCUGAAGGACCCCUCUUCACGACCCAUCUCCCUCCCGCUCGGCGGCCGGCCGGCUCAGAUUCUCCGCUGCAAAUUUUACUUUGCAGACCGCUGGUUGCUCAUCAGUGAGAUAUCCUUCCUCUCUGAACCAUUUGGAGAGGAUGAGACGGACGCUGAUUCAUUUCAUCAAAAUCAUCCAAAGUCUCCGGACCCUAGUCCGACUCCUCUGGGGAACGUCACCACCUCUGGUCCCACAUCGAGUCACGACUCAUUCAGCACCAGCUCUAAGCCUUCUGAACCCCCCACCGCCACUACCCUCAUGAUGGACACCACUGCUAACUGGACGCUGUCAGAAUUUGCUGCCGUUACUCCGAGGGCGGGACUUCCUGUAGCCAAAGACGACGGCAGUAACACAGCGAUUCUAAUCGGCUGCCUGGUGGGCAUCAUCCUGCUGCUGCUGGCUGUUAUAGUCGUCAUUCUGUGGAGGCAGUACUGGAAAAAGAUUCUGGGCAAGGCGCAGGGCAGUCUGUCCAGCUCAGAGCUCCGAGUCCAUCUGUCCGUCCCCUCGGACAACGUGGUGAUCAACAACACACACAGCUACUCGAGCCGCUACCAGCGCAUACACACUUUUCCUGACGACCGGGACCAUGACAGAGACGCAGAGGGGGAGUAUCAGGAGCCCAGCGCUCUGCUGCGGCCCAGAGACCAGAGGGACAGCACCACCUUGCUGCUAAACAAUCCGGCCUAUCACGUGCUCCUACCAGAUCACAGAAAAGGCUCCAGAGCUGUAGUCGUCCCGAGAUCGGCUCAGGCUCAGGAAAAGAGCCUGAAUGUGCCCCAGGCUUGUGGUUUGGACUUGGACCUGGAGAAAGGCUUCCCCUCUGCACACGAGGAGCCCCCUCCCUAUCCGGGGUCGCCUCCUUAUCCGUCUCUGUCUCCCCCCGUGUCCCCGCCGCUGCCUCCCAGCGUCCCGCAUUAUGCAGAGGCGGACAUCGUCAGUCUGCAGGGGGUCAGCGGCAACAACACCUACGCAGUGCCGGCCUUGGCCUCUUCCAGCCCUGGUGCCGACGCCCUCCCGCUGCCGGAGCUGCCGCGCCAGUGCCUCGUCUUCAAGGAGAAGCUGGGGGAGGGACAGUUCGGGGAGGUUCACCUGUGUGAAAUAGAGAACCCUCUGGACCUCCCGAUCCUGGAGUUCCCCUUUAAUGUGAGGAAAGGGCGCCCUCUUCUGGUCGCAGUGAAGAUACUGCGCCCAGACGCCUCAAAGAAUGCCAGGAACGACUUCCUGAAGGAGGUGAAGAUCUUGUCUCGCCUGAAGGACCCAAACAUCAUCCGGCUGCUGGGAGUGUGUGUGAGCAGCGAUCCCCUCUGCAUGGUCACCGAGUACAUGGAGUGUGGAGACCUGAACCAGUAUCUGUCCCAGCGUGUCCUGCUGGACAAAACUGGGCCUUCACACAACACGCCAACCAUCAGUUAUCCAGCGCUCAUCUCCAUGGCCAGCCAGAUCGCAUCAGGGAUGAAGUUCCUGUCCUCUCUGAACUUCGUGCACCGGGAUCUGGCCACUCGUAACUGCCUGGUCGGCGGGGAGAAGGGAGAGAGCGGAGAGGAUCGAGGCGGGGAGCGUCACAUCAAGAUCGCCGACUUCGGCAUGAGCAGAAACCUGUACGCCGGAGACUAUUACAGGAUCCAAGGCAGAGCUGUGCUGCCGAUACGAUGGAUGGCCUGGGAGUGCAUCCUCAUGGGGAAGUUCACCACAGCCAGCGACGUGUGGGCAUUCGGAGUCACUCUGUGGGAGAUGCUGAGCGUUUGUCAGGAGCAGCCGUACUCCGACCUCACAGAUGAGCAAGUCAUCGACAACGCAGGGGAGUUCUUCAGAGACCAGGGCAGACAGGUGUAUCUGAGCAGGCCGGCCGUGUGUCCUCAGGGUCUCUAUGAGCUCAUGUUGAGCUGCUGGAACAGAGACUGCAAGCUCCGCCCAUCUUUUGCCAACAUCCACUCCUUUCUAACCGAGGACGCCAUGAACAUGGUUUGACGGAGGAACGACGGGAAGAAAGUUGAACUUUUUGCUUGAGCGGUGAAGUGGGCUGGUGUGGUGGAGGGUGCGUUCACAGGCACAGUGGGGUUGCUCGCUUUUGUAUUUUGUACUUUUUGGGCGGGUGGGGCUGAGACGCCGCUGGUUCGGUUUUUAUUCCACCUCAGACCCCCAAAAGACGUCUUUUCAGUAGGUAACGGCUACGUUACGUAGUAACUGGUGGUGGGUUCAGUCUACAAAACAGUUUUCUGCCAUUUCAGAUCGUGUCUCUGCUGAUUCGAUGCUGCAGAGUUAAUAUGCAGGAAUCACUCGCACAAAAUACAGCUUCAUGUCUGAAACUUUCAAAUUAUUCAGCAUUUUAAAUGUUAUUUGUGGACUAACAGGUGAAUAUCACAAAGAACAGCUGUUGUUUGGAGGUGAAAGGUCACGCAGGGAUUGUCUUAGUAUUUAUAGCCCACAGCAUGCACUGUAACUCAGUGAGCUUACUCCCAGCUACGUCCCCUUCGGCCUACUUUUUAUUACGUCUCUUCAUUUGAUCUCAGCCCCACAUUCUUGCCCAGUGACCCACAUCCACAGUGUUUGUGGGGGAAUAAAGAGGCGUGGACCAGACAGGAGCAGCCUCCCCGUUUCGUCAACGUGAACACGAGUCUCCCGUCUUUAACCGUAGCAAUCCGACCUCCAUCCUGCACCCGACGCCAAACAAGAAGUAAAAGGCAGAAGACGAGAGUCUGCAGCUGCAAAUUAACAGAUAAUUGUGUUUUUUCUUCCAUCAGAGAGACGUUGCUCUGGGACUCCUUUUCAGGCACCUCGUCAGGUGUUCCUCUUCUUAUCAUCGCUUCUUUAUUUGACUGCGACUCGGUCAGAAAGGAUCGAUUUUUAAAAUUCCACAAAUCAGCAGCACUUUACCCUACAUGCAUUUCCCUGACUGUGAUGAAACUCGUCUCUGUAAUGGGUCUGAAUGACGAUUCCUGAUUCUGAUCAGGACACGCAUCUCAAACAUGCACACUCUCCUGCUAAAAUGCCCGGCUUUUGUUACCUAAAAAAUAUGAUAAAUUAUUUUAACAUUUUUUUUCCACCUUCCUAAUAAAUUUAUUUUACAACUGUACUGUGCAAAAAAAAAAAUAUAUAUAUAUAUAUAUAUAUAUAUAUAUACACACACGCUGUAGAGUGCACUUCACUAUAAGCCGCAACCACAAAGUAUUUUUUU